AUGCCCGUCCUCGAUCUUAACACCCGGUGUUCGGUCUCACUACUCGGGGCCAGAUCACAUGUGAAGCGUCACUUCCUUCAGUACCGUGGAGUACCGUCCGCACUCCGGGAUCUGCGGAAACCAGCAUAUUCAGUAUCGGAGCGUCCAUGUCCGCGCCCGGGCGGGUUCAAGUCGGAAUCGGUAUGGCAGACCGACUCAACGAGUACCUACAAGCAUAUACUCGCUGCGCCGCGCAAUUGCCUCGAUGCCAGCUUCUGCGCUCCGAGUGACUCUGCAGAUGCUACAACGAUCUACCCUGGCAUACUCUAUGUGCCAGUAGAUCGCUAUCUCCAGUGUUCUACAUAUGAGACUCAACAGCCUUGUGGGAGGAUCUGA